AUCCACGUGCGCCAUCAGAACAGUGGCUUCUGGUGGAGGGCGGCGGACGGGAAGACGUGGAGUGGCAGUGUGGCCACCAGCAGCGAUUUUGACCAGCCAGACGUGUCCCAGGCGCUCACAGUUAUUCGCGUCAGCGCCACCACGAUAAAGCUGCAGACUCCCAACAGCACGUUUCUCUGCAAGGCGCCGCCCUCCCCGCCCAACUCAUCGUACCCGAGAGGCAUUCUCGCCACCACAGCCGAUGCCACCGACCCCCUCGCCACCUUCACCAUCAUCCCCAUCCCCAACUCCCGUCGAGACAGCACUUUUUCGAUUGAUGCUGUUGCUGGUACUGGUGCCAAUGGUGCGAGCACAAACAGCAGCAAUAGCAGCAGCAGCACAGGCAACACCAGUGGCAGUGAUUAUCUAGGGUUAAUUGCCCUGGCGAGUGCAGACGGGUAUUACCUGUCCAUGGGGGAGGUGGCGCCUGAGUUUGUGGACGUGGUAACCACGGGGGAUCCGGCAGCGGGCGCGGGUGGUGACGAGUGGCUGGAUGUGCGCGAGGUCAUGACGGUGCCUGCCGUGCGCGGCGUGAAUCUGGGCGCCUGGCUGGUGGCCGAGGACUGGAUGAACCCCAAGGCGUUUCAAUACAUGGCGUGGGGGGAUGGCACACGGGUCACAUUCCAGUCCACAACCACGGACAUGUACAUCAGUGCAGUCAGCACAGGCGCAGACGCUAAGCUGGAAUGUAACGCUGCAGCGGUAACCGUGUUACAGUACUUCCAGCUCCUCACUGUGCCAGGCGCUGCAGAUAACGUCCGUCAGGUGGUGGGGCAGAUGGGGCAGUACUGGGGCGUGUAUACGGGUGCCACCACCGUGUGGACUAAAGACAACGAGGCACAGGGCAGCAGCAACACAUUCACGCUGCUGCUACUGGGGGCGCAGUUCACCAGAGACAUGCCCAUGAACGACUCUCUGAGAGUUAUGAUCCAGGCUCCCAACGGGCAGCUCUUGCAGGCGCACGAGGACGGCACCCUAACGGCGGACUACAGCGCCAACGCCACCAAUGAAACACUCUGGUCGGGGCCAGCUGUGUUCUUUAUGGACCUGGUGAGCACGGUGCAUGGCGACUGGCAGGCAGCAUACACAGCAGGACCAGAUCAGGCAACCUCCCUCUUCGAUACAGUGCACUCCAAGCUCAUUACAGAGCUGGACUGGCAGGACAUGAAGGCGAGAGGAGUGAACACCGUGCGCAUCCCCAUCCCCUACUGGAUUGCCCAGGAAGACCCCUCCUUCGCCUUCUCCUCCCCUGCUGAUGCCGGCAGCAACAGCAGCAGUGGCAAUAGCAGCAGCAGCAAUGAUAGCAGCAGCACCCCCGCUGCUACUCCGGGAGUGCCCGAGUUUCCCUACCCGCCGGGUGCUCUGGCGCAUUUAGACUGGGCGUUUGAAAUGGCGGCUAAGUAUGGGCUGAGGGUCUGGCUGAGCGUGCAUGUGGCGCCUGGGUCGCAGAUCGGAGCCGCGUUUUCGAGAGACGGGUUGAUCCGAUGGUCCGGAUUGAAUGUUGAUCACACUCUCGAUUUCGUCCGUUGGAUCGGCGGCAGGUUCGGAGGGAACCCGAGCCUGUUUGGCGUGGGGCUGCUGCACGAGCCUGUAGCCCCGUCGUACUAUGGAGUAUUGGGUGUAGACGGGGAUGAGCUGCGGGAGUACUACAGAAAAGCGCAUGAUCUUAUAAGGGAGCGGUGUGCAUGCUGCUUUGUGUCGAUCGAGGGCCGUGUGGGGAAGAGCAUGUGGGACGUGGCGUUUCACAUGCUUGACACGUGGCACCCCAAUGUGCUGUACGAAACGCACCUGUACAAUGUGCUGUCGGGCGUCCCGCUGGCUACCAGGAAGCUUCCGCAGCUUGUGCAGUUGGAGAUUGGGGAGCAGCGGAGCAACAAGCCGACGCUACUUGACAGCGCGCAGAGUAUAGGCCGGCCCAUUCUGGUGGGCGAGUUUGGGGUGGCGAUGGCGAGUCUGGGCCCCACAGAGGAGCAGCAGAAGGAGUUCACUCUCGCUCAGAUGCAGGCGCUGGGGCAUGCACAGGCAGGCUGGUUCUUCUGGUCCUGGAAACUCAAUGUCACCGGUAAGGCCAAGUGGCAGUUUCCUCUAAGCAUGGCCAUGGGAUGGUUACCUAAAAAGGACGAUGGAAAUUGGUAUUGA